AUGGACAUCAUGGGACCAUUUCCCAUGGCGACCGGUCAGCGGAGGUUCCUGCUCAUCGCGGUGGACUACUUCUCAAAGCGGGGGGAGCUCGAGCUGCUGGCAAAGAUAAGUGAACAGAUGGCGGAAGUCAUGAACUGGGAAAUCCUCAAGGGUCUACGAACUCAACUCGACCACACAGAAGGAAGUUGGAUUGAUGAGCUCUCGAGUGUCCUUUGGGCACUUCGCAUGACUCCAAAAGAGGCGACCGACGUAACACCAUUCUAUCUGGUGUAUGGAGGUGAAACAGUGGUCCUCGUGGAAGUCGGAGUGGAGUCCGACCGGAUACAGCUCUACGACGGGGAGAACGUCGAGCGGAGGUUAAUAAAGCUCGACUUGAUGGACGAGGUGCGAGCUAAGGCUACCGUUUAG